AUGGCGGAGGGGAAACAGGUUGAAGACAAGGAUAUAUUUGACCACUGCAGAGAAAACAACAUUGAUUAUGUCACCAGGACCAUCGACUGCAAGAAAGUGGAUGUAAAUAUAAAAGAUGGGGAGGGGAGGAACAUGCUGCACUGGGCCUGUGAUCGGGGGCAUACUGACCUGGUGUCGGCCCUGCUGCAGAGAAACGCCAAAAUCAACAGCCAGGAUGGUGAAGGUCAAACAGCAUUGCACUAUGCCUCUGCCUGUGAGUUUGCCGACAUCGUGGUGCUGCUGCUGCAGGCCGGAGCGGACCCCUCCAUUAGGGAUCAGGAGGGCUGCUCGCCGGAGGAAGUGACUGACUGCAGGGCGAUCUCCGCUCUGCUGCACCAGUACACCACCACAGGCAGCACAGAGGGGCUUCACACUCCCCGCAGCUCCUACCCUCCUACAGCUCCCACAACACUGACACGAUGA